GCCGCCGCCCCCGCCAUGGCCGAGGCCGCCAUGGCCGCGCAGGCCCCUCCGGACGAGGAGGCGGACGAGUGUCUGCGGGAGUACCGGCACCUGCUCAGCCCCGACCUGCUCGCGGGCCAGGUCGCCUUCAUCACCGGCGGCGGCUCCGGCAUCGGCUUCCGCAUCGCCGAGAUCUUCAUGAGGCACGGCUGCCGGACCGUCAUUGCCAGCCGGAACCUGGAGCGGGUGUCGGAGGCCUCAAAAAAGCUGGUGGCAGCCACAGGGCAGCAGUGCCUGCCUCUGUCCAUAGAUGUGAGGCAGCCCCAGACCAUCGUGGCAGCGGUGGAUGAGGCGCUGAAGGAGUUCAAGAGGAUCGAUAUCCUCAUUAACGGUGCUGCAGGAAAUUUCCUGUGCCCAGCCAGUGCCCUGUCCUUCAACGCCUUCAAGACAGUGAUAGACAUCGACACCAUCGGCACCUUCAACACCUCCAAAGUCCUCUUUGAGAAAUAUUUCCGGGACCACGGCGGGGUCAUCGUUAACAUCACAGCGACCCUGAGCUACCGAGGGCAGGCCCUCCAGGUGCAUGCUGGAGCUGCCAAGGCUGCUAUAGAUGCCAUGACCCGUCACCUGGCUGUGGAGUGGGGACCCAACAACAUCCGUGUGAACAGCUUGGCCCCAGGACCCAUCACGGGCACCGAGGGCUUCCGGCGACUGGGUGGGAAAUUUGCUGAGAAAUCGAGCCUGUUUGACACGAUCCCCCUGCAGCGCGCGGGGAACAAGACGGAGAUUGCCCACAGCAGCCUGUACCUGGCGAGCCCCCUCUCCUCCUACGUGACAGGAACCACCCUGGUCGUGGAUGGUGGGAGCUGGCUCACCUCUGCCAACAGCUUCUCUGCCUUGCUGGGUAUUGCCUCAUCCUCUGCUAAACUCUAGAUUUCUGGUCUGCAGGAGCAAACCAACCCCAGUGAUGGACAGCGUGGGACUGACCGAUGGACAGACGUGACCGAAGCUGCCCUGGGACACCUCGGGGUGACACCUGUCCCGGAGCAGGUGCAUGGCCAUGGCCUCUGAUUGGUAACUGGUGGUGGUGGUGACACUGCCAGCCCUGUGUCUGCCUGGGGGACAGAGCUCAGGAGUUACUGGGUGGGGAGCAGUCCCACACCCAUCCUGUGCCUUGACUGUCUUCUGAGCUGCUGUGGCUGAGGGCACAGGGACAGCACAAGGGGUGGGGCUGGGAUGGUCACUGUCCCUUUGUGUUCCUCUGAGCUGCUCUCCUGGCCUUUCCCAAG